UAACUAAAGUUUUGUUAACAUUUCAGAACAUCCUGGAGCCACCCAAGUAUCCAAUGCAGAAGGGCUCCCUCAAUCUUCUGAAGCAGAAAUGGGAGUCCAACGAUGGCCAGAAAAGUGAAUGUAGUGUUGGUGGCAGCCACUGUAGACGCUUCCAAACCAGAGACAGCAAAUUACUUGAGUCUGGAAAUGCUGCAGAUGCAUCAACUGGGCUUCCCAUAGCCCCCAAACUCAUCUCAAAUCUAGGGGAGCAAAAGAAUGACAUGGAGUCAAUGUGCAAAAUAGAUACUGGACUGGAUGGUGUCCAGACUGAAGUGUUAAAAGAGGAUGUGAAGGGGGCUCGCCGCAAGAUUGAGCACUUCUCAAUUGCCCUGGAGGAGCUAAAGAGUAUAUUUGAGGCUCCAAGGGGUGCAGUAGGUCUGGCUGGUGGCAGCAAAAAGGAAGUGGAAGCGGAGCGAAGUUUGUGUUCCCCAGCAUUGAAGAGUCAGCCCAGUAGCCGUCCCAUCAGUCCUGUGAAAGAUCCAGACAAGAAAAGUGGGAAAACAUCUUUUGACAAGAUGUCAUCUGAAAGUGGUCACAGCAACAACUUUGAAGCUGCUGAUGGUCCUAACAAGCCUGUGAGUGGGUUUGCAGAAGACAGUACUAGCUGGAGUGAGUGUGGGCCACUGGAUUUCCAAGAGUCUGUAUCACUAAAAGAGCGGAUGGCGAUGUAUCAAGCGGCGGUUUCCAGAGGUGACUGCAGCAGCAGCAGCAGCUUCUCUGCUAAUAUGAUGGAGGAGUCUGAGACUCGAACAGUACCUGGUGGCUUAGCCAGGGUGAAGAAACAAUUUGAGAGAGAUGAAACCGCCUCUUCACAUAAUACCUUUUCUCAGUACCAGCACCAGCAAAGAUUUGAUCAGGAGGUAACAAGCAGAAGCCAUAUUAACAUAUCAAGUGGCCACCGAGAAACUGAAGAGUAUGAACAAGGGACCUCUAAAACUUCGCAAAUUGAGGUCUCUCAUCUUGAAAAACACGCUCAAGAAGUCAAUCGGGCCUCUCGUUCUAGUCAGUAUGUUCAAGAAACAGUUAUUGACACACCUGAGGAUGAUGAGAUCCCGAAGGUUUCAACCCAGUUUUUAAAACAGCACUUUGAAAAGACAGCACAAGAAAAGGUCCUUCAUUCUGACAGAGAUGUGGCAAGUCCAAGCAAACAGAUUAAGAUUGACAGUGAAUAUAAUGGUACUGUGUGGCCAUCUCCAGUUGUCACUUGCAUAGCUGCCAGUGCUUCGGCCAGUCAGAGACAGGAUGCGUCCAGCGUGAGUCGUACAGAAUACAAUUCCACUUCUUCAGCUUCCGCACAGGUCAACACCACGAAUUUUGGAAAGACAGAAGAUUUUCUUCCUCCCCCAUCUAAAGUAGUGCCAACAUUAGAAGAUGUGACAGCAUUUUCCCAGUCCCCUGAAUGCCCCAAGCCCCCUGGAAAAUUUCCCAUCCCCAAAGAUUUAUAUUCCAAGCAGAGAAAUUUAUAUGAAUUAAAUCGCUUAUAUAAACACAUCCACCCUGAAUUAAGAAAAAACUUGGAACAGGAUUAUAUUAGUGAUGUUUCUGAGAUUGUAUCUUGUCAUGUAGACACAGGAGACUCUGUUUCAGCAGAUGUGCAGCAAACCCGCUAUGUUUUUGAAAAUACUGGUGACAGCCAGCAAAAAUGUCUCAACCCUGAAAGAGAGUACCUUGAAUGGGAUGAAAUUCUGAAGGGAGAAGUACAGUCCAUGAGGUGGAUUUUUGAGAACCAGCCUUUGGAUUCCAUCAAAGAUCAAUCUCCAGAUGAAGGCAAUGGCAAAAAAAGCAUCGCUGAUCAAGAAAUCAUUGCCGGGGGAGAUGUGAAAUAUACCACAUGGAUGUUUGAAACCCAACCAAUAGACACAUUAGGGUUUCAUUCUUCUGGAUCUCCGGAAAGUAAUGAAAAAGUUCCAGAACUAGCCAGGGGAGACGUGCGCACAGCCACAUGGAUGUUUGAGACACAACCACUAGAUUCAAUGAACAAAAUUUAUCAGGAUCAACAAGAAGGGUCAGAGGGAAUUGCCAUUAAGGAUAUAACUGGAGGGGAUGUCAAAACUGUGAAAUAUCUGUUUGAAACUCAGAAUCUUGACCAACUGGGGCAGCUAUAUUCAGUGGAUGAAGCUAACUUACUACAGCUCAGAUCUGAGCUCAAAGAGAUUAAAGGGAAUGUGAAGAGAAGUAUAAAACAUUUUGAAACUCAACCAUUGUAUGUUAUCAAAGAUGACUUGGGGCAAAUUCUUGAGAUUAAAACUGUUCACAGGGAAGACAUUGAAAAGGGGGAUGUGAGAACAGCACGCUGGAUGUUUGAGACACAACCCUUGGAUAUGAUUAACAAAGAUAUUACUGAAGUUAAAGUUGUCCGUGGAAUAUCCAUGGAAGAAAACAUCAGAGGUGGAGUAAGUAAGGCAAAGUGGCUAUUUGAAACUCAACCUUUGGAGUCUAUCAAAGAAGAAUCUGAAGUGUCUGUUAUUGAAAAAGAAACUAUCAUAGGUACUGAUGUCUCCAGAAAGUGUUGGAUGUUUGAAACUCACCCAUUAGACACACUGAAAGAAGUAACUGAUUCAAACCCUUUACCGGCUGAAGAAAUAAUAGGUGGAGAUGUAAAAGCCACCAAGUACUUAUUUGAAACACUUCCAAUGGAUAUUUUAAAAGAUAGUCCAGAAGUUGGCAAACUUCAAAAGAUAGCUGCUUCUGAAGAAGAAAAGGGAGAUGUGAGGCACCAGAAAUGGGUUUUUGAGACUCAACCUCUGGAAAACAUUAGAGAGGGAGAGAAGGAAUAUAUUAAGACAGUUAAACUUGAAGAGAUUGAUAAAGGGGAUGUAAGAAGCUACACACAUAUCUUUGAAUCAAAUAAUUUAAUUAAGUUUGAUGAAUCACAUAAAAUACAAGUAGAAGGAGUGACCAGAGGUGCUGUAGAGUAUAAUAAAUCUCUCUUUGAGACAACUCCCCUUUAUGCUAUUCAAGAUCAUCUUGGGAGAUAUCAUGAAGUUAAAACAGUUCAACAAGAAGAAAUACUAAGGGGUGACGUGCGAAGUUGUAGGUGGCUGUUUGAAACUCGGCCUAUUGAUCAAUUUGAUGAAAGCAUUCAUAAAUAUCAGAUUAUCAAAGGAAUAUCUUCACGAGAAAUACAGUCUGGUGAUGUGAAGUCUGCUAAAUGGCUGUUUGAAACACAACCUCUAGAUUCUAUUAAACAUUUUAAUAGCAUGGAGGAUUCAGAAAGUACAAAACAGCAAACUAUGGAUGUUGUUAAAGGGGAUGUAAAAGCCUACACAUGGCUAUUUGAAACUCAGCCAAUGGAGACCCUUUAUGACAAGACAGAGUUAAUUACUAACAAUGAAGAAAUUCAAAAGGGAGAUGUCAAAACAUGUACUUGGCUUUUUGAAACUCAACCACUUGAUGAAAUAAGAGAUGACUCAGAAGCAAUAGUCAAACUCCAAACUGUAAAACAGGAAGACAUCCAAGGAAGGGAUGUCCGCACAGCCUGCUUUCUUUUUGAGACAGAAAACUUGGACAACAUACAAGGAGAAGAAGGCAAGGAAAUCAAGUCAGUGGAAGUGGAUAUUCAAUCUGGGGAUGUUUCUGGCAUGAAGUACAAGUUUGAAAAUCAGUCCUUGGAUUCCAUAAGUUCCAGCUCAGAGGAGGUUUUGAAAAAGAUCAAAACCUUACAAGCUGAAGAUAUUCAGAGGGGUGAUGUUUUAAAUUGCAGGUGGCUCUUUGAAAACCAGCCUAUUGAUAUGAUAAAAGAAAGCCAAGAAGGUGAUGAAUCACUCAAGACAGUGACAGACAUACAAGGUGGGAAUGUGAGAAAAGGGUGCUUUAUUUUUGAGACUUUUUCUUUGGACCAGAUUAAAGACAAAUCUGAAGAGAUCAGCAUUGAGAAAACCUUUAGCAAAGAUGAAAUAAUAAAGGGGGAUGUGAAAAACUAUAGAAUGCUAUUUGAAACCCAACCACUCUAUGCUAUUCAAGACAAAGAAGGGUAUUAUCAUGAAGUGACAACAGUAAAGAAAGAAGAAGUGAUUCAUGGGGAUGUACGUGGGACUAGGUGGUUGUUUGAAACAAAGCCUUUAGAUUCUAUUAAUGAAUCAGAAAAUGUAUAUGUUAUCAAGUCAGUUACACAAGAGGAUAUUCAGAAAGGAGAUGUUAGUUCUGUCAGAUAUAGAUUUGAAACACAGCCUCUGGAUACAAUUUCAAAAGGGGCAAAGGUAAUUGUUCCCACUAUUGACUGUAUCCAGGGUGGAAAUGUGAAAUAUCAUAAGCAACUCUUUGAAUCUGAAGAGUCUGAAAAAAGAACACAUAUUAGGACAGUUAGUGUCAAUGAAAUACAACAGGGUAAUGUUAAAACCUCUACUUGGCUGUUUGAAACUCACACCCUAGAUGAGUUGAGAGGAGAAGGGUCAGAAUAUGAGCAUAUCAAGACAGUCACUAAGGAAGAUGUGCAGAAAGGUGAUGUCAAACAGGCAGUAUGGCUUUUUGAAAAUCAGACUUUAGAUUCUAUUAAAGAAACAGAUGAAUACUUCACAGAAGUAACCAGGGAAGAAAUCCCUCACUCUGAUGUCAAAACAACAACAUGGCUCUUUGAAACAACACCUCUUCAUGAAUUUAAUGAAAAUAAAGUGGAAAAGGAGGAAAUUAUUGGAAAGAGUAUUAAAAAAACUUUAGAAGAACUAUAUUCACAGAAAAUGAUUGAAUCUCAUGGAAUUAUCAUUGAAGAAAAUGAAGUUGGGGAUGUCCGGAUGGCUAAGUACAAACUAAUGAAUCAAGAAUCCCCUGAAAUACAAAAAGAAGUUAUUAGAGGAGAUAUCAGAACUAUAAUGAUGAACCUACUCUCCAAAAGAGAUGAUGCCAAAAGAGAGAUUUUAGUCAGUGAAGAAGAAAAGGGCAAUGUCAGUUUGACCAAAGCUCAGUUAUUAAACAGGUCUACAGAAAUCCAAUCUGAAAAAGAAGAAAUAGUGAGAGGGGAUAUACAACAAGCAAUAAAAAAUCUUUUCAGUGAGGAACGAGCUGUAAAACAAGGCAUUAUAAUUCAGGAAGAUGAAAGAGGGGAUAUUAAUAUGACAAUCUAUUGUCUUCUUCAUGAAAAUGAUAAUGAUUGCAAACUAGAACAUGAAGAAAUAAUUGGUGGAGAUGUAAAACGCACUAUUCACAACUUCUUGUCUUCUGCAGCAAACUAUGAAAUAGCCAAAAAGACUAAAAUAGAUGCAUCAGAGAGAGGAAACGUUCAGUUUUUCACGACAUGCAUAGAAGCUGGAGCAUUAGAUUACCUCAAACUACUCCAGACAGGGUCAAAUGAAACAGUUACAACUGGGAAACAAGAAGGAGAGGAGGAAAUAAUUGGUGGUGAUGUUGAAGGCACAAAGCUGUUAUUACAGAAAAGGAAAUCUCAGAUUGAACGUACUGUUAAUGAAACUGACAUCAUCCCAGGAGAUGUGCAUAAUACAGUUAAGGUUUUCAUGACUGAGCCUCUGAGUACCUCCUGUCAGGUACCUAAAGAAGAAAUUAUAAAAGGUGAUUUGAAAGCAACCUUAAAUUCCCUCAGUGAGGCCAUAAAUCAGAAAACAGUUACAAAACGAGAAGAAAUUAUGAAAGCUGACAUGUAUGCAACAAUGAAGUCUCUUGAAGAAGCAAGGCACCAAUGGAAAGGAACUGAGAAGACUGAUAUUAUCCCUGGUGAUAUUAAACAAACUAUUGAAUCUCUUGAAAAAGCAGUAAACACAAAGACUGAAAUUCUGAAAAAGGAGCUCAUCCGAGAUGACCUUGAAUCAACAUUAAGAACUCUGAAAGAAGACCAACACUCUUUCAAGAAGAUAGACCAAAAAAAUACAAUCAAACAAGAGAAGCAGACUCUGCGGCAUGACUUGAUAGAUUCCACUGAAGAACACAAAGCCCAAGACAAGCAAGUAGCGACCUCAAGAGAUAUAAAAAUGACUUUGGAGGCAAAACCUGAAUCUUUUGAGCAAGAAACCAAACACCUAGAUGAAUUAGGAAUCCUUAAACAAACUGCAGUUAAAUCUUUUCGUGGGUAUUCAAAAGGAGAACAUAGUGAUAUUGUCCCUCCAGAAGCCCCCAAAGGUACUGUAAAAAUUGUCAUAGGUCGUGACCAAAACUAUGAUGCUCUUGAGAAGAGCCUCCAAAAAUUGUCUGAUACACCCCACAACACUCUUCAAAAUUUGGUCCAGGAUGGAGACCAAAACAGCAUCAGAAAUGAUGCAUUAAGAGCACAGUAUCUUCGAGAGGGGCUUGUAAGGAGUCAAGCAGCUUCUUAUAGCUCAGUUCAGAAAAAUUUAAGAACUGAGAAGCCAGAGACAGGUGCUCUACUGAAAAAGGAUGCAGCCUCUAGUGCUGGCUUGACUAUUGACAAAAUGCAACAGAAUCAAACGUGUGUCUUAAGCAGUGACCAACAAAUUGAGGGAUCUUCCUAUGAAAAAAGUCAGAAAAGAACAAAAAAGACAAAAAUAUCAGCAGAUAUUCCCAUUUGCAAGUCUCAUGCUAGCCCCCAACCAGUUAGCAUCCCAGAUAAUGGCAAUGAGACGUGUGGAAAGACUGGUCCUGUUCAGAAGGAAAUUUUGCUGAAGGAACAAAUGAGACAAGCACAGCAUACUAGUGAGGUUUUUCAAAGGAAUGAAAUGAAUCUUCAGAAAAUGCAGCCUUUUGUUCCUUUGGUACUCAAACAGGAUAUUCAAAGUGUAUCUGAAGAAAAAGCCACAAAGGGAAACCGUGGAAAAUUUAAAGGAACAACAGAAAGAAAUACAAUGAUUGAUGUUCAUCAGAAAAAUGAAAACUUUCAAACAAGAGUGGAUGCCUCAACAAACUUAAAAAUGACUGCAGGAAAAUCCUAUAAUCCAGGCAAAUUGGCUACUGUAAGUAAUGUGACUGAAACUCAUUCUUUCCUUCCACCUCCAUCUCCACCUCCACCUCCUCCGUCCAAUGCAUCAUCUGAGAUUGAAUUUCCUUUACCUCCUCCACCUCCUUUAAUGAUGUUCUCUGAAAAACAUGAGUUUUCUUCAUUGCCAUCCACAGAAAAGAUAAAGGGUGAAUUUGAUGGCUUCCCCUGCCUCCCUCCCCCACCUCCACUAGUGGAUGACAGAUCUGAGGGAGAAUGCCCAUCAACCUUUUUACCACCUCCUCCUCCUCUAUCACAGAACCCUAUAAAUUUUUCUUCUUCCACAAUUCAAACAAAAGGCAGUGGAGAAAAUGUUCAGCAACUUUGCCAAGAGUCAGUACAAACUCAUUCAAGGUCCAGAUCCUUAGCAGGCAAGUCGACAGCAAUCCCACCUUCUCCCAAGUUCCCCAAGCCAAAAUUCUUCAGACAGUCAGAUGAAAAUGGAAAUAGUAUCAAUCCCAAAGUGAAGCCACUUUCUCUUCAAUCAAAUAUAGAUACUACCAAAACAAAGCAACAAAAUUCAGUGAUGAGGAAGAGCAGUGUGGAGCUCACCCAGACAAAGGAGAAAACAUAUACUGAGAUUUCUGAAGAAAAAAAAGCAUCCACUGCUGAGCCCACAAAGCCUUCCAUUCAGACCAUUCAAGAAACAUUACCACCCAAAGAAGAAAAGAUCUCAACUCUUGUUAAAAGUCAUUCCUUUCCUUUAGAUGCAGAACCCAUUAGCCCUAAGCCAUACACGAGAAAAUUCAAAACCCCUCUAAUGAUUGCUGAAGAAAAAUACAGGCAGCAAAGGGAGGAGAUUGAAAAACAGAAACAUCAAAGCUCUUGCCAUCACAUAGUCAAAACAGAAAGUCAUGAUGGAACUGAAUUAAAGUCUGAGCUGAAAAUACCAUCACAGAAACCUAUGGAAGAUGAUUCCUUGCCUGCACCAGCUGCAGAAACCAUACAUUUAAAUACUAAAUAUGAUGUCAAUCUCCAAACCAAAGAGAAUUCUAGUGAAAACCAGAUAUCUGAAUCAUCAGUAGUGUCAUUGGCUACCCAGAAACUUCAUAGUGUCUUGGACAUAUCCAUGGACAAAGAGCACCAUCAAAAGGAAGUUCUCCAAUGUUCAAGGGACAUAAUGCAACAUAGCUUAGCACAUCAAAUGGAACAAACACACCAAGAAUAUACUUCUCAUUUAAGAGAGGAGGAAAGUAAUAAAAAGCAAUUGUGCUCGACUCCAAGCAAACCAGUAUCCCCAAAAUUAAAAGGUAAAAGUAUCAAAUACCCAACAUUAGAGCUAAGUUUAAGUGGAAUACCCCAAAAUUUCAAAGAGACUUUCCUUAAGCAACCAGUAGCUAAUGUUCAAACCACUACUAAACAAGAACAGGAAACACUGAAAAAUGAAAUAAGGACAGCUAUUAAAAAUAAGCAAAACACUGCUGAGGAAUGUUAUCAGUUACAUAUGAAUGAAAAAAGAGGAAUGAAUAAAAUGCCUACUAAUCACUCAGAGAAGAAGCAAGAAAGAGAAUCAGAUAAAGUUUAUGAGACCCAAAGAGAAGGAAAGGAGUCAGUGAGCAAGAAAAUUUUAGCAACACAAAAAGAAAACCAGAGACAGGUAUUAGUUGGUCCAAAACAUCAAAGAAUAGCUGAAAGAAAAGAAGAAUGCCCUAAAAAGAAAUCAGCAGAGAAAGUAGUCCAGCAAAAAGUUAUUGAUGCACACAUUGACUCACAGACACAGAAUUUUCAUCAAACACAAAUUCAUGCUUCUGAAAGUAAGGUUAACCAUAAAAAAUUAUCCCAGCAAUCUAACAAUCUGAAAGAAGAAUGCCUCACAAUCAAGAGCAUACAACAGAAACAAGUCCCUCUUAAUACUAAAGAUUCAAAAGAAGAGAUUACAGAGAACAAGAUUUUAUUUUCUUCCCUACAAUGCUCCCAGCAAGAUGAUGGAAAAUCUGCUGUAAAUAUAUUGGACUUCUUAAGAAAACGUGAAGAACUACAGCAGAUUCUGUUUCGAGUGAAACAAUUUGAAAAAGAACCAAAUAAAAAUGAUAUUAAAACAUUUCAGAUACUAUUGAAUAUUAUCCCUGCAUGGCUGAUGAAUGAGGAAAGAAAAGAAAAUGGAAUGCACAUUGCCAUGGACAAUAACCUAGAAAAAAUGAAAGAGGAAAUAACCCAAAUUAAAAAUGAAGUGGAGGAAAUGCUUGUUUCUUGUGAGAACACCAUCCAAAUGUGCAUGAAUUCCUCUAAAGGGGGAAAAUUGAGAACUGAACCUCCUAGUGAAGCAUCUGCCCAAAUAUCAAACACUAGUGCUGGCUUCAACAAAAAAAAUCAGAAAGAGGAGAAAAUUAUGAAAGUAAAAGAAUCCCAUCAAAAAGAGAAAUCUAAUUAUAGUGGAGCAUCUCCUCAAAUAUCAAAAAUUAGUGUUGAGUCUAGCAAAAUGAUCCAGAAAGAGAAGAAAAUUGUUGAAGAAAAAGAAUCUCAUCAAAAAGUGAAAUCCCAACAUGAAAUUAAACAGAUAGAAUGUAGAACUAUUUCUCCACAUUUAAAACAACGUUCACCAUCACCAACCUUCAUAACAAUUGAGUCUACUGCUCGACGAACAGAGACUCCUACAGUGAAUAAGUCUUUUUCUCCAGAGAAGAAGGAAAGUAGACCCAUUCCUCUAUCUAGAACCAGAUCCACAACACCACCAUCCGGAGUUCGCCAGGCAUCAGACUCUCCUUCUCCCCCUAGAAGCCACUCUGAGCAGCUUGCCAAACUAAAAGACACUACGGCAAAAUUGUCCCAAAGGACAUGUCAUUAUCAGUCAGUAACACCAGGGCCAGUCAUAGAGAAAAGAGCUGAAAUUGUCAAAUCUCCUGCAACACUGAGGCGUCAAAUUAAGACAGAAACUCCAGUACCCAUAAAUGUAUCUCAUGUCACCACAAGUACAGUCUUAGAAGCUAAGGAAGCACAAGAAAAAGUCCAGAAAGUAGAGAAAAGGGAAACUUAUGUUCGCAGGGAUGGAGCCAAAAUAACAGAACACAUAGUGCCAGGAACUGAAAGUUUUGAUUCAAUAGAAAUCAUACACAAGGUUGAAGUCCCUCAGGUAGGCAUGUCAGGGCACUCUAAAAUAUAUGAAGCUUCCAAUCAAACACUCCAUGUGGCUGAAAAUGUAGUAAAGAGCCAUGAAAGUGGAACAAACAGAUGGCUAGGGAAAUUUCAGAAUGACCCAAUUUUUGAGGCAAAGUCAAAUAGAACAGUUCACACAAAUGGUGAAGUAAACCAUAACCUGAGACAGGAAAUGCAAACUUUUAGCAAGAAGGGAUUUGGAUUAACAGCUAUGGAAAGUGAAAGCAUAAACAGCAGUUUCAGAAACUUUUCUUGCAGCCAUUCCAAUGAUCUCCAGAACAAAGUUCCAUAUAAACAACCUAUCCAGGGCUCUGAAGCCAAGCCUUUAAGAGAAUGUUUUUCAGGAGUGGAUGCAUAUGAAAAUAAAAUGGUUGGGUCAAGGACAAUAGGUUCUUCAGCACAAAACGUGGAAGCAGUUAAAUCUGGCUUUGACUUCAAGCAUGCCCCACCGACCUAUGAAGAUGUCAUUGCUGGCCACAUUUUGGAUAUCUCUGCAGAAGAUUCGCCAGAAGAGCUCCUGAGGAAUUUUCAGAAAACGUGGCAGGAAAGUGAGAGGGUCUUCCAAAGUCUUGGAUACGCUGUUUCAGAUACAUCUGCAACCGAGAUGAAAAGUAGCUUCCAUGAGGAAAAACUUCUACUUCAGGACAAGGAAAUGUGUACGCUAUGUCAAAAGACUGUUUAUCCAAUGGAAUGUCUGGCAGCAGACAAGAACAUUUUUCAUAAGUCAUGUUUCCGAUGCCACCAUUGCAGUAGUAAAUUGAGCUUGGGAAAUUAUGCAUCACUCCACGGACAAAUUUACUGUAAGCCUCAUUUUAAGCAACUUUUCAAAUCAAAAGGAAAUUAUGAUGAAGGUUUUGGACACAAGCCACAUAGAGAGAGAUGGCGUUGUAAAAAUCAGAGCAGCUCAGGGGACUUUGUUCACAAUGAAGAAACUGAUCUAAGUAAGAACACACCAGCGACACCCCAGACACAUGAUGCUCUCAGUCAGCUUGCAGAUUCAGGCAAUGGUGAUGGACCAGGAGAGAAUCUGAAAAAACCUGGUGAAAGGGGCAAAUUGAAAAUUACCUGGCCUCCAUUUAGUGAAGUUCCCAAGAAACCCUUUGCUAUUGAGGAUGAUCUCAAAAUGAGUAAACCCAAAUGGCCCCCUGACAUCAACACCUCUCUGUCCCCUGACUAUCCCCUGGAAGAUAAAAGUGAACCAAAGUUAGAAAAUGGUAAUUUUAGAGAGGGAAAAUGGAAAGAGAGAGAUGACAUUCCUGUCUUUCAAACACAUCAGCAGUCUAUCUAUGUGUCUCAGAAGGACAGUGUUACUGGAAUCACUGAAAUGAAAACGUAUGAGACAAGGAGAGAAGAGAAGGAAGAAAACAGAUGCGUGCAAGGGAAGGUGAACCAGGCUGAAGUUUCUGAGGAUAAGAGGAAAAGUGAAAUGGAUCUUAAUGACAGCAAUAACGUGGCUGUGCAGAGUGCUGAAAGGGAGAAAAAUGAAAAAAUUAAUGAGCCUGGUGGUGCAGAAGUUUUACAGGUUACUAACACUGAUGAUGAGGCGGUGCUAGAAAAUCGUAAAGAGAAUUUGAAUAAGAAUAAUAAUAAUAAUUAUGUAGCAGUCUCACAUCUGAGCAAUUGCAGGCAGAAGACAUCUAUCUUAGAUGGGCCUAAUCCAUUACCAGGAUCAAGCGAGACAAAACACACAGCAUCUGAAUAUGAAUUUGAAAAGUUGGAAAGUGGGUCUAGGAUUAUAGAGUUACUUGGUAUAUUUGAGUCUGAAAAGAGUUACUCAAGGGAAGUUUUAGCUAUGGCGUCUGACCAACAGAAUUCCAGAGAUCAUUUGGGUAAUAAUGGUCAACCUGUUCAAGCUGCCAUUUCUGCAAAAUCUGAUCCCAACAGUGAAUUAAUAUCCAAAGAAGCAACUACCCGUGCAACAUUACCUUUCAACGCUGAGAGGCUGGUCAGAGAGAAUACCAAAAAUGACACAAAAUUACCUUUUCUUUUCACUAAAACUAUGAAAAUCCCUUCCUUUUCCAAAAAGGUGGAACCAUUUUUAGACACAAGCCUUUUACAUUCUGUAGAUACAAUUAAAACCACCUUGGGUUUGUAUGAAAAAGAAUACCAGAAUGGCAAGAGUUAUUAUCAAGAGGGAACUGUGGAAAUGGCAAACAGUGAUGGAAGAAGAAGAUUCGAUUCUCAAAAAUCUCAGUGUAACACAAUGUCCCUGGCACCAUCUCCUAGAAAUGAGGUGCAAUGUGUAUCACUGACUAUUGAAGAACAAAUUAAAAGAAAUAGGUGCUACAAUGACACUGAGUAAAAUUUAAUUGAUUGGGUAACCCUGACUUGCAGAGACUGCAAGAAUAUAGAAGUUUACAUCUAUAUACAUGUUAAGUAUUUUAGAAAUUUUAAAUAGCCUUUUAUCAAAACCCCUUGCUGAACUUAGUAUAAUGUGGCAGAAACACAUUUUUCAUAAAAUAAUAUUUUUCUUGCAUCAUAAUUGACUAAUUUUUCAUACUUGGCUUAAUUAUUUUUCCUCCCCUAAAAUGUCCACAAAGAACUAAUUAACUGUUGUCUUGUCUGUCAUUACUGAAGUAUGUAUUUAUAUCUAUGUACAUACUAGAGACAGUCCGAUAAAGUAGUUAUUGAACUGAUAUUCAUACAACUUUCUUGCUGAUCUUUAAAAUGUCAGCUGAAAGGAAAAGCAGAGCACCUGGAGUGCAAAACAAAAGCAAAAUGUCAUAUCUAUAACUUUUUCAUAUAUUGUUUUAAAUAUAAUUAAUUAAAUUUUAUUCCAUUAUAAAAUAUAAGUAUUUGCCUUGAUUAGUUUAUGAUAGAUAACUAUUCAUCACAAGAUGUUCCCAUUUUGCUAGCUGGAUUAAAAGUGGAAAUUAUAUCACAGUUUUCAAAAGCUUGCUAUCUGUAAUCAUCUUGAUGAAUAAAAUCAGGAAGAUAUUCAAGAGAUCAUUUGGUUAAAUGUGUCAAUGGAACAAAUUUAGUAGAAAUGAUGAUGAUGGGGGAGGGUAAAAGUAUAAUGCUGAAGGAUCAACUAACUUGGAAAGAUACUUGUUAUUUUAAUAAAUUAUCCACAAUGUAUUAUUGUAAACCAGAUAGAUACUUUAAGCAAAAUAAAAAGUGCAAACAAUAUUAUUCUGUUUUCAAACUUUUCCACCUCAUUUCUUAUAGGGGAUACCAAGUUUUAGUUUAUCUUGAUUGCAUGAUGGAAUAGAAUAUAUGUUACUUAACUGCUGAAGUCCAAUAAAAAAAAUCUUUUCAAAA